AUGACUGAAAAGGAAAGUAAUCGAAUUUGCUGGCAACCACCACCCAAAAAGCGGUGUAAGCUGAAUAUAGAUGGGGCUAAGCACUUGCAAACAGGUAGAACCUCAGCUGGUGGUUUGCUUCGAAAUCAUAAAGGUGAAUGGAUUAUUGGAACUUUAGCUAUUAGGGAUGGGUCGGAUAUAGCAUUAAGGAGAGGAAUACAACAAUUGUUAGUGGAGAGUGAUAAUUUAGUUGCAGCGAAUACAAUUUGUGGUCAAUCCAAGGAGGUUGGAUCAAACUCAGUGCAAAUCAUCAAAGAACAACUAGCAAGGGAUUGGCACAUUAAGGUAUCAUACACUCCACGAUCAGCGAAUAUGAUUGCAGAUUCUUUGGCAAAGUUAAGCAAGAAUGAUCCGGUUGGUCUUAAAAUUUAUGAGUAUCCUCUUAAUCAGAUUUUUAGGGGUGUGUUACAAGAAAGCAUUAGUGACUGCUACAAGUUUAAUCAUGGCUAG